AUGGGGGCAAAGAUCACUCCUGUGGACCUGCAUACCCUCUGUGAAAUCACACCCCAACACCUGAAGGGUGUGGAUUGUAAAGAAAAACAAAGCCUGAACCUUGGAAUACAGUGGAUUAACUGUGAUAGCUUGAAGGGAGACCUAGUAACUGCCUUACCCAAACAGAAAAUCUCAGCAGGCUCCAGUCAGUGUGAUGAGUAUACUCCUGAAACAGAGGUGAACAGUGGGCAAACAGGGCCAGUAGUAAAGCUCCCUCCAAAUAACUGCAAGACCUCGAGCAAGGCGCCCGUGCAGUUGUACGCAGUUUGCCCUCGCUUUGCGCCCAGUUCAGUCACGCCGCUGACAGGGAAGUAUUCCCCUCUUGAAGCUACGGUCUCUACCGCCUACCCCUUCUACGCCGCCAGCGGCGGCGACAGCAGGGCUUGUGCCUCGCUCCUCGCCACCUCCGACUCCCGCCGGCCGCUGACUGUGGCGGCGGCGGCGGCAGCGGCGGCGGCCGCGGCGGCCGCGGCGGCUGCUUCGCUAGGUCGGCGGCGGGGAGGGGGGGGCAGUAGUUUUAAAGUAGACACCCGCCCUUACCUCAGAGAAGGUACCACUUGGAGUGAAGAGAAAAUGCCUGAACAUUUUACAGAUAACUUUUGUCAAAUAUGUGGAGUGGUUCUGCGAUUCAAAUCACAAAGGAUUGCACAUUAUAAGAGUAAAAAACAUGCUCAAAAUGUUAGAUUUUAUUUUCAAAUGAAUAGAGAACAAAAGGAAGUACCAAAUAAAAGGAAGAUGCAUGUUAGGAAUUUGAAGGUUUGUAGUUUGAGAGGAAUACGGAACAGAAACAAAUUUUGUGACCUCUGCAACAUGACUUUUAAUUCUCCAGUUGUUGCUCAUUCUCACUAUGUGGGGAAGGUUCAUGCUAAAAAGCUAAAGCAAUUAUCAAAGAAAUAUUAUCAAGUGUCUCCAAGGCCAUUUCAGCCAAAGACAGCAUUUAAUAGGAGAACCUACAUUUGCUACACUUGUAGAAUCACAUUCACAUCUUUAGACAUGUUCUGGAUGCACAUGAAAGGAAGUCAGCAUCAACUUAAUGAAUCUAUUGCUAUCAACCUAGUAAAGUAUUCAAAGAUGCAAGGUAAUUACCAAGAUGAAUAUGCAAAUUACAUCAAAGUACAGAAAUACAGAGACCUAGAGUCCAAGAUUUAUUCCAGAAAAAUGGAAGAAAACACUUCAGAAGCUCAUAGGGGAGUGGUUGAUUCCAGAUUCAGACAUAAAAUAUUUGAACAUAGACUCCCAUUUGAUACUUGCCAGUCAUACCAAGGACUAUACAAUAAUUCACAAGCAGUAGAAAACCAGUUACCUCAUUGCUUACCACCUCAUUCAGAGAGGACAUAUGACUCUUUCCAAGAUGAACUUGAAAACUAUAUCAAAGUGCAAAAAGCUAGAGGACUAGAUCCACAGACUUGUUUUAGAAGGAUGAAAGAAAACUCAGUGGACCAUGGAUACAGAAAAAUGUUGUAUUCUGGAUACAGUCAAAAAAUAUGCGAGCAAAACUUUCCAUCUGAGACUUUACAUAGGCAUCCCCAACUGUACUAUAGUUCACUAAAGGAGGGUCCCUUACCUCAUUGGUUACCAGCUCAUUCAAAUACAUACAACUCCUUCCAAGAUGAGCUAGAUGAUUACAUUAAUGUGCAGAAAUACACAAGAUUAGAGCCAAAGCCCUGUUUCAGAAAGAUAGUCAAUAGCUCUGCGAUAACUCAUAGGUACGGAGAAAUGUCUGACAGUAGACCCAGACAUAAAAUGUUUGAGCAAAGACUCCCAGCUGAAACCUUCCAGACCUACACAGAACCGAACAGUAGUUCACAAAAAGGAGAAAACCAGUUGCCUCAUUGUUUACCAGAUCAUGACAGCAAACAGACAUUCAAUUCAGUGAGCUGUCAACUCACCAGAGGCAAUUUUCCAGAUAAAGAAGUACCUCUGAGCUUUAGUCAUCAGGAAAACAACUCUCACACAUACAGUACAGAAUGUGAAGUUGACAAGCACAUCUCUUCAGGAAACCAUGCUAGUGACCCUCAAGCAAGUUGUAAACAGAGACAUCAGAAGAGACACCGACACGCGAAGAAAGGCAAAGAGAGACCACAGAAGGAGAAGUCCAAGCAUAAAAACAAAAAGAGUUAUGAGGCUACAGAGUUAGAAAAAGACAAGACCGUCCACCAAAGUAAAAGGAAGGAAGAUAAAGUCAGUGUCAGUUCAAGAAAGCUUAAGCAUCGAAAAAAGAAAAAAAGCCAUGAUGUAACUUCUGAAAAAGAACGUAAGCACAGGAAAGAGAAAAAGAAACCUGUUGAAGAACGAACUGUAGAGGAAAUUCUUUGGGAUGAGUCAAUUCUUGGAUUUUGAACUUUUAGUUUACCCAAGAAUUAUUCAAAGAAAGCAGCACGAAUUUAGAUAACAGGGUCAUUCAAUUAAAAAAGGAAUGGUAGUGUUAGACUGAGAAAACUGUGUUUGUGUUUAUGUGUAAAAUUUUAAUUGAAAGAGAAAACAAAAAGCCUAAAUCUAGUUUUUGAAAAUUAACGUAAGGAAAACUUAUUUAAGAAAAGACAAAAGAGUCUGUAUUUGGGUAAAGCGUACUAUUUGGAAUUUUUAGUGCUGUUUGCCCAAAGAUAAAUUGAAGAAAUCCAUUAAGAAAAUGAAUUUUGACAAAAGCAAUUGCAUAUAGGAAAAAGAAAAUAGAUACAUUAUAGGGAAGUAAAUUAGUCCCCUUCUUCCCUCCAUACCUCCUUUCUUUUUCCUGAAAAAUACAAAAUUUUAUUGAGAGAAGAAACAAAAAAUAUCCUAAACUUAGCCUCUGAGAUACAAGAAUAUAUGAAAAAUUUAAGAGAAAAUGAAAUUAUUAAAAAACAAGAGCCAGUGUUUUGGCAUGAAUCUACCCCUAGUUUUUAAACGUUUCAGUUUUGUUCACUUACAGUUUAAGAAAUAGGAAAGUUUGGUUUUAUUAAAUUCAUGCUAUUUGAAGUUUUAUUAAAUUUAUGCUAUUUGAAUGUUUCUAUAUGGACAAUUAAUUUCUAGAAAAAAGAUAAGUAAAAGGAUUCAGUAUUC